ACGAAGACAUUGACAUAAUAAUAACAUGUCAUACAUUAUGUCACUUUAGUACAUAAUGUUUGGUAUGCUUAAAAAUAUACAAUAAACUCGUUUUUAUAGUGGUGUAAAUGGUUUUUGAAUUGUUUAUAAGAUAAACAAAGGAAAUAAAAUAGUUUGAUAAUACCCGUUACUUUUAUACCAAAACUAUGACAGUGUAUUUAACAAAGAAAGUGCUCUCAAAGAUGAAUAUUUUAAAAUAUCCGUAUAAUGUGCCUAUUGAAGAUGAGGAGGGCAGUAGUGGUGAUCAAAAUGAUCACUGGCAAAAGUUGAUGUCUGAAACAAAAAUGUUUAAUUUACAGAAAGAAACUGGUUCAGCUAGGUAAAGAUCUGAUAUGCAGAGUGUGUGCCAGAAGCGGGUGUAUUCCUCUCAGUAAUAAAAUUGAGGGCUAUGAGAUUAUGACCACUAUUCGGAGCCUAACAAAUAUAUCUAUAGAAGAUAAUGAUUUCUUACCCAAAUAUAUAUGCACCAAUUGUGUGGAGACUCUUGAAUUAAUAUUGAAAUUUAAAAGGACAUGUGAAGCAUCUGAUAAAAAGUUUAGGAAGAUAUUGCUCCCUGCAGGCAAUUCUACAUCAUCAUAUCCAAAUUCCAAACAUGAUAUGCAACAUAUACUGAACAUAAUCAAACAGAAGAGGAUAAAACAAGAAGAGAAAGCAGAACAGAAGAAAGUCAAACAUAUAGAGAAAGAAGAAAAACCGCUGCAAAAGAAAACACCAAAAACAAAACAGUUUAAAUGUCCACCUUGUGAUCUUACAUUCACAAAUCAGGAGAAGCUCAUGUCUCAUCGCCGCGAGCGCCGGUGUGUGCGGCGUGCGUGUGACAUCUGCGGCCAGCUGGUGCUCAGCAUCGCACAGCAUAUGCGACAUGUACACAAAGAGGUCAUGCCACACAAGUGUCCCACCUGCGGUAAAGAGUUCCCAGUCAUAGCCAGGCUUAAAAAUCAUAUGCUGGUUCAUACAGACACGUUUAACUUCUUCUGUGAUCUGUGCCCUUACAAGUGUAAACACAAGAACUACCUAGUCUUACAUAUGCGCACACACACAGGCGAGAAACCUUAUAUGUGUGCUCAGUGCCCAGCUACCUUUGUCAACUUGUCAAACUUGAACAAACACAAGCUCACUCAUCAGGAAAAACAGUUCAAAUGCAUGUUGUGUGAGAAAACGUUCCGAACGAACACGGCCUUACGGGAACACCACGAGGCAGCUCACAUGAACAUCAAGCACACGUGUAACCACUGCGGACGUGAAUUCUGUUACAAGUCGGACCUACGCAAACACGAAAGGCGGAACCACAAUCGGGUGAAACGUGACUCUAUAGGCUGCGAACCAACUUACAAGCUUUUGGAAAGAAAAAAAAUACAGGAAAAGGAGGCAAUAGAUAAAUGGCGCGAUCAGGAGCUGACGACCACGGAGGCCGUGCCCGUUACACCAACCUCUUUAGACCACCCCAAAGAGCCCGCUACUAACGACGUUAAACUACUAUAUAUGAAUUUUAAUGAACAUCACGGUACCCCCUGAGGCAACAACAGACUGUGGAGUUGACACUACCUAACCUGACUUUGAAAUAUGAUAAAGUGGAGUUCUAAGAGACAGAGCCGGGACUCGGAUAUGUCGAAGCAAAUCGUGCAAUUAUAACUAUAUAGUGAAAAUGUAAACGCAAUUUUGUAUUGUAUAACCACUAUUUUAAAGAGUACUUAACUGUUGAAAUAUCUUCUCUAAAUUAGAGAAUAUUUUUGAACCACUUACCUAUUAAUUUAUGUUAACAUUGAUUUUGUUUAGAUCAUAACUAAUAGUAAUUAUUCAACUUGGAUCUGAGCAAUGUCAUUAGGCAAAUGACAACUAAAUUAUUUACUUAUAUUUUUUUAUUUAACAGUUUAAUUUACAAAUAUAGAUAUUUAUAAUCAUUAAA